GGCUGCGUAGUAGGCGUGGCUACGCUGUGCGUGGAGGCCGUGGGCGGAGCGUGACGGUCGGCGAGCCGCUUGUGCCUGUGGUAGCGUGACUGAUUUCUGCUGUCCGCUCAACGUAUUGACAGAGAGAGAGACGUUUGAGAGCCAGUGCAACGAUGUCCGACGACGAACAGCAAGAGCAGACCAUCGCCGAGGACUUGGUCGUGACCAAAUACAAGAUGGGCGGUGACAUAGCCAACCAGGCGUUGAGGGUGGUCAUCGAGGCAGCUAAACCAGGAAUAUCAGUUCUCAGCCUCUGUGAGAAAGGAGAUGCUUUCAUCAUGGCAGAGACUGGGAAGAUCUUUAAGAAGGAGAAAGACAUGAAGAAAGGCAUUGCGUUCCCCACCAGUGUGUCAGUCAAUAACUGUGUCUGCCACUUCUCUCCCCUGAAGAGCGACCCAGACUACACGCUGAAAGAUGGAGAUUUGGUCAAAAUUGAUUUAGGAGUACAUGUUGAUGGCUUCAUCUCCAACGUGGCCCAUAGCUUUGUUAUCGGAGCUACUAAGGAUGCACCUGUGACAGGAAGGAAAGCUGAUGUCAUCAAAGCAGCACACCUGUGUGCAGAAGCAGCUUUGCGUCUUGUCAAACCAGGCAACCAGAACACUCAAGUAACUGAGGCCUGGAACAAGAUUGCCCAGUCAUUCAAGUGCAAUCCAAUUGAGGGUAUGCUGUCCCAUCAACUAAAGCAACAUGUUAUUGAUGGAGAGAAGACCAUAAUCCAGAACCCUUCAGAUCAACAACGGAAGGACCAUGAGAAAGCAGAGUUUGAGGUUCAUGAAGUUUAUGCUGUGGAUGUGCUGAUCAGCACAGGAGAGGGGAAGGCAAGAGAUGGAGGCCUAAGGACAACCAUCUACAAACGGGACCCCAGUAAGCAGUAUGGGCUGAAGAUGAAGACCUCCAGAAUGUUCUUCAGUGAGGUGGAGAGACGUUUUGACGCUAUGCCCUUCACUCUUAGGGCAUUUGAGGAUGAAGGGAAAGCUCGUUUGGGAGUGGUGGAGUGUGCCAAACAUGAGCUUCUGCAGCCUUUUAGUGUACUGAAUGAGAAAGAAGGUGAAUUUGUUGCUCAGUUUAAGUUCACAGUGCUGCUGAUGGCCAAUGGGCCCUUGAGAAUUACCAGCGGACCAUUUGAAGCAGAACUCUACAAGUCUGAACAUGAUGUUCAAGAUCCUGAACUGAAGUCUCUGAUCCAGAGUUCUGCAAGUCGCAAAGCACAGAAGAAGAAGAAAAAGAAGGCCUCUAAAACUGCAGAGACUGCUACAGGCCAAUCAGCUUAGAAUGAAGUUGCAGCCAAAUAGAGGCGACAUAACUCCACCCUCUCACGAAACCCCCGAAGAGCAAAAACUUCAACAUUUCACUCUUGCCCUACUGUUUUAACCUCUUCUUUAUCAAACAUUUGAUCAAGAGUCAGUGUUAAAGCCUUGUUUAAACAUUUUCGCCUUCCCCUGUAAUGGAGUAAUUUAGAUUUGGACUCCAAUAAGUGCAACAAAUUUGUACUUUCAUAAUGAAUAUAUUUACUCUUUUGAAGCACUCGAUUUACAUUUCAACUGGAACGCUAUGCCUUUUUCAAAAUGUAAUUAAAAAAGAUUCGCAAUUCUUUUGUAGAGUUGCGUUUUUCACAAGUACUGUUGACUGUUUGAAAUGCUUCGAUUGGCCCAAAGGUUCAUUUGAAACUGCAUUACACGAGAUUAGAUUAAGUGGUUUGGAGAAAGAAACUAACUCGAUUUGCAGCUAUUUCUCAGGGUUCCUAAGAUAAAACAAAAUCUCCCUUAUCUGAGAAGUAGUUUUGUACUAUUAGGAUCGAGAACACAUCCAUGGAGAAUUUCAUGACUUACUGGGGCAUUAGAAUUAGAAUUCAAUGUACAGAAUUCCUAAGCACUCCAGUCUUGUGAAGCUAUAGUGUUUCAUAAAAGGGAAAAUCACGUCUUUUCUCUAACUGCCAUCCAUUUCCACAAGUGUCAUGUUUAGUAUGUGCAUCUGAAGAUGACUCUUAAACGUUAGGGAAUUUUUUGAUCAUACUUUGUUCUCGCCCAUUUCCUUUUAUUCACGUUUUAGUGUGUCUAAUUAUCUUUUGUUGGUGCAGGGAGAUUUUCCAAACAAAUUUUAAUUUGUAUUAAUUCAAGUUCAAGUCAGCCAGUUUGGUUAAAGGUCUGGUCCAAAAUACACUAAAGCUACUUCUACCUACUGAAGAGGGUUAUAACUUCCACUUGCCAAAGGCCAACACAUUAUAACUUUAUCUUUACUUCUACAAAGCAAUAGAGUGUUUGACUGAAUAUUCAGAUCAAAACUAAGCUCGGGCUGGAUUGAGAAGCUUUCCAGGCAUUAUUUUACAAGCACGUCAGUGCAGUUAUUUCAAGAGCGGCAAUGAGAAGCAGCUCUAGAGCAUUUCUGGAUCAGUCCUAUUAGUUGAGGUUGGCUCAGUAGAUCUUUUGAAAUGUUGGCUAUUGUGACUUUUUGUUCUGUUUCCAGAUUGUACAGGUUUAUGUGGGAGAGGCCGAAGGUUUGAAAUUGACACAAUCUUGUUUUUGUAGUAAGAACCAUCAUAUGGGACUAUUUUACAACUAAUGAAAUAAAACAUAACUUUGAAUAGAA